AUGGCCUUCCUCGGUCUCCUCUCCUGUGCCAUCCUCAUCGGGGCCGCCUUUGGCUGUGGGAUCCCGGCCAUUCCCCCAGUUGUGAGUGGCAUGCAGAGGAUCGUCAAUGGGAAAGUUGCUGUCCCUGGCUCCUGGCCCUGGCAGGUGUCUCUGCAGUAUAGCACCGGCUUCCACUUCUGUGGGGGCUCCCUGAUCAGCAAGGACUGGGUGGUCACCAGUGCACACUGUAAAGUCAGCACAUCCCACCAGGUGGUGGCUGGAAUGUUUGACAAGAGAUCAAAGGAGAAUGUCCAGGUGCUGAGGAUUGCUCAGGUGUUUGAUCACCCCAGUUUUGACAUCACUACUGCCAAUAAUGACAUCGCCCUGCUGAAGCUGGCCACACCUGCCAGCCUCUCUGAGACCGUGUCCGCCGUGUGCCUGCCCAGGGCUCAGGACAACUUCACAGCCGGGUCCCUGUGUGUCACCACGGGCUGGGGCAGGACCCAUUAUUAUGGCAAGGCCUCCAACACGCUGCAGCAGGCCACCCUGCCCCUCCUGUCCAACGCCGAGUGCGUGAAGUCCUGGGGCGACAACAUCUCUGAUCUCAUGGUCUGUGCAGGGGGCAAUGGCAGAGCAAUAUGCAAGGGCGACUCUGGCGGCCCCCUGGUCUGCCAGAAGGAUGGAGCUUGGACCCUGGUGGGCGUCGUGUCCUGGGGUAGUGAGACCUGCACUCCCUCCAAGCCCAGUGUGUGUGCCCGUGUCACCAAGGUCAUGCCCUGGAUUGAGGAGACCGUGGCCAACAACUGA